UAACAACCAGAAGUUGUAUUGCAUUUGGACUUGGUGGUACAGUGAUGGAGGUUAGACCGAGUAGGGGACGCGGUGGGCACUGGAGAAGAGGCGGCGGCGGUGGUGGUCAUGACAGCGUGAGCGGCGGAGAGCGGAGAGGUCGCGGGAGAGGCGGUCAUUACCGCGGAAGGGGGAAAAGGGAUCAUUAUCGCGGAAGAGGCCGCGGAGGUCCCGAGGAUGGCGCUGCAGACUUUGUUCGUCGAGGCCAGGAUGAACAGGAUGACAAAGAAAACACUGAAGACGAGAUGCCAGCAAUCUUUUCCAGGAGAAAACUGGAGUCCAACUGGGAUCGUUAUGAGGAAUCUGAGAAGAAGGAGGUGAACGACGAUGUUCCGGCGCAGAGAGGGACAGACUAUCAUGUUCUCCUCUCUUCCGCAGGCGACUCCUUCACUCAGUUCAGGUUUUCCGAGGAGAAAGAUUGGGAGGUGGAUACACUAGGAACUAACAAGGUGCCUGCUCUCUUUGUGGACCUGGAGGUUUUAGCUCAUUCUCUUCAGGAGCUGCCGCUCCACCAGAGGCUUGACCUUGAACCCAGCCUUGUCCAGGAUUCAACACCAGUUGAACUCCCCUCAUUAGGAGUACUGAACAAAGCGGAUCCAUCACUCAGUGGAUUUAAACCUCCUGCUCCAGCACACUCCGCUCAGAAGCCAUGCUCACAUGUAUCACAACCUAUGAAGCCCGUUUCAGACACCAGCAUGUGCUCCCACUCAUCCACUGCAGUUAUCAGCCCUGUGGACGAUGCUGACGAGGAGCUGGAUCUUCUCCUUGGACUACAGAAACCUAUCACAAGCCUUUCAUUAGACGAGUCAAAGACCUCAAAUAGAGUAGAGGAAGCGUCUUCUACCCCAGAGAACGCUGCAUCGGUUUUAGCUGAGAACAGGGAAGAACAGGAGCCUGAAGUGGACCAGGCAAAAACAAAAGAGGAGGCUAAAAGGAAUCAGUCUGAAGAGCUGCAGCAAAAAUCAGAGCCAGUAAAGCAGGAAAUGACUGAGGAAGAUCUUGAAGACUGGCUAGACAGCAUGAUCUCCUGAACAACCGAGCACAUAUCUGAGCGAGUUAAACAGUAAUUCUGGACAUGAACAACGAGACUGCAGCGCUAUCCGCAGCAAAACGUGCAUGUCGGUCCUUCUGAAUGAUGCCUUAUCGCUGAACGUCCACCAACAUUGAAAUCAAUGACUAAAUAACUAACCAGCUGUUCUUGUUUAUUGAUGCUUUCAGUCAGCACAUAAAUAAUGCCCUCUUAAUGUGUGAAUCAGUGCUUCUGUGUAUCAGUACAUAAAUGACAAGCAGGA